GCUGGGUCCGCACAAGGUGCUUCAGGAGUCCCUUACAAACCUGGCACCCGCCUUGAGGUACCUACCAUGUUCAACUCGGCUCGUUCGUAGCCUUGGGGUUUUUUCUUUUGCUUUUCUUCGUGGAGACUCAGCAUCCGGUGCCAUCAACCCAGCCUAAAUGGUCUGUUUAUGGUUCCCUGUACUGUGCGAACCCGGAACGCGGGUUAACUCAAGAGGCCGGUGAAGCUUUAUCGUGUGAACCGCGGGGAGGCGAGGGCAGGCAAGGGGGGUUGAUGGCUCGGAGGAAGCCCUUCGGAGGAGCAACGGCGGAGGCAGUUGUGGAGCUCUCCAGGGUCCUGAAGGCAGACCAUGGUGGAGACGCUGACGGUCGCCGUACUAGGGGCCCCCAAAGUAGGCAAGACCGCCAUCGUCCGCCAAUUCUUGUACCACGACUUCACGGAGAAGUACAGCCCCACGGAGGACCGUUACAUCUACCGGCCGUCAGUCAUGCUCAACGGGAACUCCUACGACCUGAAAAUCAUGGACGUCCCCUACGUGGCGGCUUUCCCUGCCAACAGUUCUCAGGAGUGGUCGGAUCUGAAGUGUUGGGGCCUACGAAACACGGAUGCCUACAUUCUGGUAUACGACAUCUGCAGUCCAGAGAGCUUUGAAUACGUGAAAAUGCUCCGUCAACAGAUCCAGGACAACAGGACAAGCAACAUCAGCGAAGCCCCCGUCAUUGUCGUGGGGAACAAGCGGGACCUGCAACGGCAGCGUUUCACGCCCCGUCGGACGCUCUCCCUCCUCGUGAAGAAGACCUGGAAGUGCGGCUACAUGGAGUGCUCGGCUAAAUACAACUGGCACAUUUUCCUCCUUUUCAAAGAGCUGCUGUGCAGCGCCGUGGCCCAUGGUUGUAGGAGCAAUCACUCCGCUGUGCGCCUCCAGGGGGCGCUGAACACAAACAGGUGCAGCCUCAUGUGAGCUGGGAGUGGAGGAUGGAAUGGGUUGGAGGAGGGCAGGUGAGGUCCUGAAUGUUCAUCGAAAACAGGGGUGUCAAACUCAAUUUCAUUGAGGGCCGCAUCAGGGCUGUGGUUCAGUGGUGGUUGCUACCAGUUCGCCCUGGAUCUGGCAAACUGGUAGCGGCGGGAGGCUCCGUCCACCCGCCCGGAUGCUUGUGUGCAUGCGCAAAAGUGUCACGCAUGAGCGAACCAGUAGCAAACUAAAUUGAAACCCACUACUGCUGUGGUUGACUUUCGGGGGGGGGGCGUGACCAAUGGGGUGGGUGUUGCCAACAGGGUGGGCGUGGCCAGCUUCAGGCCACUCCCCAAACUGCUGGCAUUUUUCCUCUUCACAUUGGGUAGACCUGGCCAAAGCAAUGCGGGCUGGCCCCUUACAUUUUCCAGGAUGGCUCGUGGGCCGCAUUCAACUCGCGCUCCUUGUAUUUGACACCCCUGGUCUAAAACAAGAGGUGUCCAAAUUUGGCCGCUUUGAAGACUGGUGGACUUCAACUCCCAGAAUUCCCCAGCCAGCAUGCUGGGAGUUGAAGUCCACCGUUCUUAAAGCGGCCAAAAUUGGAGACCCUCUGACCUUGCAAAGUCAAACAUUGGAAGAGAAUCGUAGACAUUACGAUGGUCGUGCAAAUUCUAUGAACUAUGAUAGUUCUCAGCUUUCCCUGUUGACAGGGAUGGCUUUUAUAAUGACACAUGUGGAAAGAAACCCCCCCCCCUUUUGGGGUUCAAGGAAUAAAGCAUGCAAUGGAUAGGAUCAGAACUCAAAGCCUUUUAAGCCAUCUUGGACUCUGGCACACGUCUGGGGUUCGAGAAUCAGAACGAGGAUUCGGUAUCCUGCCACUGUCUGGUUAGGAUUACCCAGAAAAACUGUUUUCCAUUCCAAAACGAUGACAAUAUUCAAAUUUUGCAAUACCAGGACACCUUGAAGCAAUGAAUUAAAUUUUGCACAACUCUCUCACCCCCCCCCAAGAAUUCACACCCUCGUUGGGUUGGGUGAGUAAUAAAGAGAGUAUUGACUAAAAGGAUAACUAAACUAACAUUCAUCCUAGCUUCUUGACUGGGGUUAUUUUUAAAGUGGGUAGAAUUCGCU